CAACACAUAUAUUAUACAACAUUAUAGUAUUUGAUUAGAAGUUUGCUAUGAAUAAUACAUAACUUAACAACAAAAUAUAUUUUAAGAUGAGAGUAUCCACUCAAUUUUCUUGGUAACAAUUUAAUAAAAAUGUCAACAAAAAUUAAGAUCCUAAUUUUUCUCCAUACCUUACGCUCAUUCUCUCUCACAUAACAUUUACAUCAAAAUUAAUUGUUACAACAUUUCCUCUAAAAAAAACUCAUUUCACAAACACAAUGUCCGACGACGAAACCACCGCCUCCACCACUCCCACCUCCACUCCAACCGUCACAUUCACCCCUAACACCACCGAAAAAAUCCAAUCCGCAAUCAAAUCCCUUUCCUCCAUCAUCACCACCAUUCCCUCCACCACUACCAACUCUCUCUCAAUCCUCAACGACACCAAAACCUAUUCCCAAAUCGCCACUCUCCUCCGUCAACCUAACUCCGGCGCCGGCGACAACAAUCUCUGCCGUUGGCUCUACGACACUUUCCAAUCAAACGUCUCCGAUCUCCAACUCAUCGUCCUCCACUUCCUCCCUGUAAUCGCCGGCGUUUACCUCUCACGCGUCGCCGAUCGAAAACCGCAAGCCGGCUUCGAAGCCGUUCUUUUAGCCCUAUACGCGCAUGAAACAACCUCACGCGCCGGCGAGGCUGUUACGAUUACAAUCCCUGACAUAUCACACCCUAGCGUGUAUCAUGAAUCGAAAGUAGUAAUAAAUAAAAACAAUUCCACUGAACUAAACGUCGUCGUUGUGUCACCUUUGCUUGAACCACACGGCACCGUUAGAUCCACUAGAAGAGCUCGAAUCGUAGCCGUUGCUUUUGAGUUAUUUUAUAGCAAAAUCUCACAAAUACCAAUUUCAUCUAAAAUUGAUUUUUGUAAGUUUUGUAAAAUUUGGGCGGGUCAAAAUGGUGACAUGUACACUAAUUUCGAAGAGGAAAAAGAAGAUGAAGAUGAUGAUGAAGAAAAUGACGAUGAAAAUGAGGAAGUUGUUGAAGAAGGAGAAAGUAAUGAAGAGUUUGUUAAAAAAGGGAGGGUACCUAUGCCUUGGGAAUUGUUGCAAGCAAUUUUGAGAAUUUUGGGACAUUGUUUGUUGGGUCCUAAUAAUAAGGAUACAAUGUUGUUUGAGACAGCAAGUGAGACUUGUAGGUGUUUGUUUGCAAGGGCAAUGCAUGAUGUUAAUCCUAAAGCAAUUUUGGCUAUGAGAAGCUUGUUGAGGCUUUCUAAAAAUGUUGUAGUUGAUGAUUUUGAUCCAACUGAACUACCCAAAACCGAUGUUAUUACUCUUUAGGGUGUUUUCAUUAUUAUUUUUUGUAUAUUAUUUUACUUUAGUGUUUUGUGAUUUUUUAUCUUAACUUUAAUAUUUGUGUGGAUGCUUCUAAUUGAACAAGUUAAUUUAAUGGAAUUUUAUUUUGACGAGAAUA